CUCCUUCAUUGGCCCAAGCCAACAUCAAUCUGCUGAUUUCCAGGUCCCCCUCAAGUUUGAAACUUUUUCUUUUUUACGAGGGAGGAGGAGGAAUCGAGUUACAACUAACUCUUGUAACCGAUCUCACAGCAGCCAGGAGAAGAAAACACUUUCAAUAAUUUACACAUCUGUGCCUGAUACGCGGUUGCAGAGACAGAAGGGAGCUGCGAGGGGCGGACAAUUGUGUUUUGUUGUUUUACGGCGGAGAUCCAACAAAACAAGCGAACAAACAAAAACAUGCUGUGAAACGACUUCCCCCUGCGCUGCCAGGAUGAAGACGUGAGAGAUUCUGUUCAGAUUAACUUGACAUCUCGUCUGCUGACCGCUCCCGUGUCCCACUGAGGGUGGGAGGAAGACUUGACAUGGACUCCUUCAGCACCAAGAGCUUAGCCCUGCAGGCGCAGAAGAAGCUAAUGAGCAAGAUGGCCACAAAGAGCAUGGCCAACCUCUUCAUUGACGACACCAGCAGUGAAGUGCUGGAUGAGCUGUACCGCGUCACCAAGGAGUACUCCCGCAACCGCAAAGAGUCCCAGAAGAUCAUCAAGAACUUGAUCAAGAUGGUGGUGAAGCUGGGUGUGCUCUACAGGAACAACCAGUUCAACAGCGAGGAGCUGAUCCUGGUGGAGAACUUCAGGAAGAAAGUCCACACUCUGGCCAUGACGGCGGUCAGUUUCCACCAGAUCGAGUUCACAUUUGACCGCCGCGUCAUGAGCGCCAUUUUGAAUGAUUGCCGUGAACUUCUGCACCAGGCCAUCAAACGCCACCUGACAGCCAAGAGCCACUCGCGAGUCAACCAUGUGUUCAACCACUUUGCCGACUGUGACUUCCUGGCGGCUCUCUACGGGCCCUCUGAAGUUUAUCGCGCUCACCUGCAGAGGAUCUGUAACGGGGUCAACAAGAUGCUCGACGAGGGGAACCUCUGACCUCUGCCGGCCUCGUCAUCAGGCGCCUUUACCUCUAGUCACCCCUCAUGUACCAUCUUGCAGGAUUUCUUCCUCCUU